GAAUGAGCCAACCUCCUGCACAUAAACCUCAUUCAGGCGAUUUGUUGUGGAAUGAGCAAUUGUUUUCGUUUGCGCUGCUACUACUAGAUUUAUGGAAUAAAACAAGCAUCCUGUCUCUGCCGGAAACUAGUAAUCGAAGCAUCGCGAUGGAUGCCCUUAACACGUACUACAGCAAGGAGGAGUACGUGGAAACUGCGUCCGGGAACAAGGUUAGCCGCCAGACGGUUCUAUGCGGCUCGCAAAACAUUGUCCUCCACGGUAAGGUGAUCGUGCAGAGCGGUGCCAUCAUCCGGGGAGAUUUGGCUUCCGUCCGUACCGGAAGAUACUGUGUCAUUUCCAAGGGAUCGGUCGUGCGGCCACCGUACAAACAGUUCAGCAAGGGUGUUGCCUUUUUCCCGCUGCAAAUCGGCGAUCAUGUGUUUAUCGGCGAGGGAGCCGUUGUGUCGGCGGCCUCGAUCGGAUCUUACGUUUACAUUGGCAAGAAUGCUGUGAUAGGACGGCGAUGCUUGCUGAAGGAUAACUGUAUUGUCGAGGACGGAGCAGUUGUCCCGCCGGAAACGACCGUCGCCAGCUACAUGCGCUUCACUGCCGACGGAAAGAUUGAAGGUGGGCAAGGUAAUCCUGAUUUCGUACCACACGCGAUGCUGGAUUUAAUGAUCGAGUUCACCAAAUCGUACUACGACCAUUUCGUUCCGGCACCCAACUGACGGCAACGCGAACUCUCGACUCCCCCGAGAGUUUCCCGAGUGCAAUGAAAAAAAGAACGUUUUUCCCCCAGAGCAUCAACAGCAUUUCCACGGCAAUCGAGCGUCGCACAGUAACUAUUCUUAAUCUACCGUAUAACACAAACCUAUUUAUUCGAAGAGAUAACAAAUAAAUCGUACAUCGUUAGGCGAAAAUGAGGUUUAUUCACCAAUAAAGUAGUGUUUGUAGCGGUA